AUGUUGUCGCGGCUCUCCGUUGUCUCGUCAAAGUCUCUUCACACAUCUCGCGCCGUCCUCGGCAGCCAGGAAACCGUGAAGCUAUGGCUGGACGGACAGGCCGUUGAGUCGAAGACCAACGAAUGGAUCGAGCUGACCAACCCGGCAACAAAUGAGGUUAUCUCCCGAGUCCCAAAGGCUACCCAAGCCGAGAUGGAGGCCGCCGUUGCCUCCAGCAAGCACGCCUUCGAGAAAUGGAGCAAGACGUCAGUCCUGACCCGCAUCCAGUCGAUGUUCAAGCUGCAGGAGCUGAUCAAGCGCGACAUGAAAAAGCUGGCCGCUAACAUCACUCAAGAACAGGGCAAGACGCUGCCUGAUGCCGAAGGAGAUGUCAUGCGUGGUCUUCAGGUCGUCGAACACGCCUGCAGUGUUCCGUCGCUGAUCCAGGGUGAGACGUUGCCGAAUGUGUCUCGUGACAUGGACACCAUGUCCUAUCGUAUCCCGCUCGGAGUCACCGCCGGUAUCUGCCCCUUCAACUUCCCGGCCAUGAUCCCGUUGUGGAUGUUCCCAAUGGCGCUGGCCACCGGAAACACAAUGGUGCUCAAGCCAUCUGAGCAAGACCCUGGAGCGGCCAUGAUGCUCGUCCAGCUCGCCAAGGAAGCCGGUGUUCCGGACGGAUGCGUCAACAUCAUCCAUGGUCAACACGCCGCCGUCAAUUUCAUCUGCGACAGCCCCGACAUCAAGGCCAUCUCUUUCGUCGGAGCCGACACUGCUGGCAAGCACAUCUACGAGCGCGGCGCCCGCAACGGAAAGCGCGUCCAAUCCAACAUGGGCGCUAAGAACCACGGAGUUAUCAUGCCCGACGCCAACAAGGAGUCUACCCUCAACCAGUUGACCGCUGCUGCUUUCGGAGCUGCCGGCCAGCGCUGCAUGGCUCUCACCACCGCCAUCCUCGUCGGCGAGGCCCGCUCCUGGCUGCCAGAGCUUGUCGAUAAGGUGCAGAAGCUGAAGGUGAACGCUGGUUGGAAGCCGGACACCGACAUCGGACCCCUCAUCUCCAAGCAGUCCAAGGACCGUGUGCUGAGCAUCGUCAAGAACGCCACCAAGGAAGGAGCCCGUGUUCCGCUCGACGGAUCCAACUGCGUCGUCAAGGGCUUUGAGAACGGAAACUUUGUCGGACCCACCAUCAUUGCUGGUGUCAAGCCCGAGAUGGAGUGCUACAAGGAAAUCUUCGGCCCCGUGUUGGUUGUGAUGGAGGUGGAUACGCUUGAUGAAGCUAUUGAGAUUAUCAACAAGAACAAAUACGGAAACGGAACCGCCAUUUUCACCACAAGCGGAAACACUGCUCGCCGCUUCACCCACGAUGCUGACGUCGGACAGGUCGGAAUCAACGUGCCGAUCCCGGUGCCCCUGCCCAUGUUCUCGUUCACCGGCUCGCGCGGGUCCUUCCACGGAGAUCUCAACUUUUACGGAAAGGCCGGAGUCCAAUUCUACACGCAAUGGAAGACGGUCACCCAAUUCUGGCCCGCCGAUGGUGCCCCCGUUGAAGCCCGUCCCCAGAUGGCCUUCCCUCAGCUCAAG